AUGGCAAAUCCUAGCAACGAUCCAGCUGCAGUUCAGGUGUACGCAGAGGAGUAUAAUCGCCUUCGUCAAGUCGAUCAUGCUUCGGUUCAGCAGGUGUACUGGCAGCACAGGCAGUCGGUCAAGCGUGGCCCCCCGACGCCCAUGGAGUCGGCGUCUGGCACGCCUAUGGGCGACGUGCAAGGAGGAGCAACGGGGAGUGGAUCCCAGACCACACCGCAACACCUCCCGCCUACGCUAGUGCACCCCUUUACAGUGGACGACGCCGCCGCAACGCAGAUUACAACUGGACUUAUGGGCGUGGAUAUAAACCAGCCGCAGCGAGUUCAGGAGUGGCUCCAAGCCCCUGUGACCACAACGCAAGAUGUCAUGAAGAUUUUGCGUUGUUAUCACAAGGGUGUUAUUCGGCCAGAACUGUACAAUUUGGUUUUGCAGGUGGAGACAGCUUUGCGUACAGUGGAUGACCGUGUUUUCCAGGUCAAGAGAGAGUUGAGCUGGAUGGCCUCAGACAAUAGGCAGCAGCAGAAGAACCAGAGCGCGCUCCAGGUCCUUCUCAGUGGUUUUCCAGCGGGGCUUUCCCCAGCACAACGCCAAUACAUGAUUGGUUGGAUGCUCAUGCAGGUGCCGGAGAUCAAGAACUUUUUGGUGGCGCGGGGCUAUGUCAACGACCACACCGCCGCAGAAUAUGGACGUUAUUUCAACGGGAUGCACGAGGAGCUGAACAAGCUGUGCAUGUCUGGGCCGGACAACGUGCAUGCAGAGGAGCCCACCCUUUGGGCAGAGCAGUGGAACCUCGUCCUCUGGGGACCGCAACGCGAACUGGACUAA